GGGAAGGACGGGCGCGCCAGGGGGAAGCGCCCGUCGGCCUCCCCGAGGACCUCCCCGUCGCCGAGAAAGCGCGGAAAGGCUGAGGUGUCCGAGCCCAAGGAGAAUGCGCCAGCCGCGGUGGUGGGGGAGAGUUCGGGGCCCACGGUGGCGGGGGAGCCGUUACUGCAGAAACGGCAGCAGCCCCGGCGGGCUUGGGCGAGGAAGCUGUCGCAGUACCCGCAGGGCAUAGGCCAAACCGAUCAAGGUCAAAGAUGGCAAUCCUUUAAGGAUGGGCAACAAGGAAUACUUAUCCCUGACUCUGAUGAUAUUGAAGCAACAAUUGCUAACUCCCCGUAUUAUGUCAGUGCGACUGCAAAUCAGAUGCACUUGUCAUCUGCAUUUGUAAACAUUGAAAACGAGUUCAGAAAGUGCUUACAAGAAAUUUCUUCUCAAAAUCGCCGAAUUCUAUUAUAUGGUCCACCAGGUUCUGAAGGGUAUCAGGAAGCAUUGAUAAAGGCGCUUGCAAAGCAUUUUGGUGCUAGAAUUCUCAUACUUGAUUCUCUUAUGCUUUGUGGAGUAUCAUCGAAAUUUAAGGAGUCCCUAAGUGAGCUCAAUAUGGAGAAGAAUGGUGCACGAGCUUCUAGUUCAUGAGCUGAUAUUGUGGGAACAUCCAACAAAAAUACUUUAAACUCGAUGCCAAGGGCCCCUGCUUAUGGAUCUCGUAGCCAAGUGGUGCUGGCUUCUGAAAAUACUCAGUUCUCUAAUGUUGGAUCUAGAUUUGAAAGUCCUACCACAGAUGAUGUUGAACCUCGGCCAGGCUCUUCUGGUGGUAAAGAAGUUUCUAGCAAUGCUUUCGAAGAGUUGAUUGAGGUCAUUUCAGAAGAAGGUAAAAGCAGCAAAUUGAUUGUGUUACUCAAGGAUGUAGAGAGGUUGUUGGCAGAAUAUAGAGAAUGGCCGGAAAGCAAACUACCACUGUGUGUUCUGAUAAUCGGGUCUCAAAUUCAGGCACAGAGAGAUAAGAAUCAGCAGAUAUCCUCUGGAAGCAAGCCUGAGAAAAGCAGAAGUGGUAUGGAGUCGAGAAAUAAUCUAAAGGAUCUUUUCCCUAAUAAGAUCUCCAUUGAAGUUCCACAGAAUGAAGAGCAGCUCUCAUAUCUCAUGAAAGAACUAGAAUACGAUACUGAAAUGCUUAAAGCUAGAGCCGAUGCUGUUAACAUCGAUGAGGCAAUGUCUUCGGAGCGAAACCACAACACCUUAGGUGCCUUCCUGCCGUCCCCGACUCAAAGAUGGUGGGUUACAAGAACCAGUACGUGGACCUAUGGUCAUGCGGGCAAGCACGGGAGCCCUGGGCAGAGACUUGGAGGCGGCUUCCGCUCGUCUUCCACGACGCCGACGUGGUGGAGGCUGUGGAGAUCAGUCUGCCGGACUACGUGAAGCGGGAGUGGCGUGAUGAGACCGGCAGCAUCAGCAUGGUGCUCAAGAAGCACCCGGGUCCCAUCCAGUGCUUCCGCGUCGACCGCACGGCGUGCCCGGGGCCGGGGCUGCUGCGGGAGUGGGUCGACACGCUGUCGGCGAAGGAGGUGCGUGACCUGGUGCUCGUCAACGUUACGCGGCCCACGUAGGAGCUGGAGUUCCCUCCCCACCGCCUCCGGAGCCGCAGCCUGAGGAGCCUGGCGCUCGGAUUCUUCGGGCUGGCGGCGCUGGGCCUCAACUGUUGCAACAACCUGGUGACCGUCCGCAACCUCAACCUCUCCGGCUGCCGCUUCUCCGGGCAAGCUCUCUCAGCGGUGAUCUGCAGCCUACCAGAGCUGAGCGGCCUGACGGUGGGGCGCAGUGACGUGACGGCUGGAUGCCAGGGUCUGGCGAUCGAGUCCAGGACGCUCGAGACGCUGCAUUUCUGGGAGUGCAGCGCGAGCGCCGUCACCGUCGUCAGCGCCCCGGCGCUGCACGCACUGACCGCCGGCCUCGUCCCCUACCCCGCACUGAAGACGGUAUUCAUCGACCUGAGGUCCGCCGAGGCGCUGCGGACGCUCCAUCACCUUGCCCUCCACCUGCAUCGACUCAAGACCGGCCACGCCGUUUGGUUCAGGGGGCGGGCCGUCAUGGCGCUGCCGUGCCUGGACACCCUGGUCGUCGGCGUCCAGUUCGGCAUGUCUGGGCAAGCGCCGGUUCUUCUGGAGCUACUCGGCGGACUGCCUCGACUGCAAAAGCUCACGCUAUGCCGAUCUGAUGAUCUCUUGCCACAUGGUGAGGAUGCCAAGGCUUGGUCUUUCGACUACAUCCCGCGGUGCCUCACCCACUCACUCCAGCAACUGGUCAUGAUACACUACAGAGCGGGAUCCGAGGAGAUUGCCGUUGUCAGAUGCCUGCUCUCGGCCGCCACCGGGCUCGUCUCCGUCACCCUUGUUCCGCAUGCUACGGUGCCACUGGAGGAGCACGACGCCGCCGCCGCCGCAUUCGGCACCUGCCCCAGAGCGUCCAAGGCCUGUACUAUCUCCGUACACAGAGACCUUGUGCUGGAUGCUGCAUCGCCCCCAGCAGCAAGCUAAGGAUGUACUGUAGAUGCAAGCUCAUAUCUGUAAAACAAUCGAAAAUACCAAGAUAAAUGCAGUUGUAUCUGACAAUCU